CGUUAGGAUGGGAAUCGGGAUAGAGGAGGAGGGGAGGAGGGGAGGAGGAGGUUGGGAUAGGAGAGAGAGAGGCGAUGGAGGUAGUGGAAGUUGGGAUGGGAGUCGGGAGAGGUCGGGAUGGGAGUCAGGAUACGGAAGAAAGAGAGGCGAUAGAGGGAGACGUAAGCGAAGGAAAGAAAGGGGCGAGAAGUCGGGAUGGGGAGGGGGAGAGGUCGGGAUGGGAGUCAGAAGGAGGGAGACGUUGGGAUCCGAGUCGGGAUAGAGGAGGAGGGCAGGAAAGAAGGAAAGGGGAGAGGGAGAGGCGAUGGAGGGAGAUGUCACGGGAGAGGUUGGGAUGGAAGUCGGGGAUGGAGGGAGAAGUAAGCGAAGGAAGGAAAACGGGGAGAGGUCGAGAUGGGAAGGGGGAGAGGUCAGGAUGGGAGUCGGGAGGAGAAAGGUCGGGAUGGACGGAUAGAGUAGGUCGGAGGCGAUGGAUGGGAAGGGGGAGAGGUCGGGAUGGGAGUCGGGAUAGACAAGGGGGAAGGAAAGGGGGGAGAUGUCGGGAUGGGGAGGGGGAGUCGGGAGGAGGGAGGGGGAGGGGGGAGGGAUCUAGGGAGGGAGACGUUGGCAUCGGAGGAGGGAUAGAGGAGGAGGGCAGGAAAGAAGGAAAGGCGGAAGAGGUUGGGAUGGAAGUCGGGAUAAUGGAGAGGGAACGACGAAAAGGCCACUCAGGACAGAGGAGGGAGAAGGGAUCUAGCGCAAAGAAAGAGGAGGGCGGAAAGGUCAGGAUGGGAAUCGGGAUAGAGAAGGGGGAAGGAGAGAUAGGGGAGGUCGGAGGCGAUGGAUGGGAAGGGGGAGAGGUUGGUAUGGAAGUCGGGAAAGACAAGGGGGAAGGAGGGAUAGGGGAGGUCGGCGACGGAAGGGGAGGAGGGAGAAACCAUGCGAGGAUAGAGGAGGGGGGCGGGAAAGAAGGGGAGCCGAGAGAGAUGCGAUGGGGGUUGGGAUACGGGAGAGGGAGAGGCGAUGGAAGGGAGAGAGGUCGGGAUGGGAGUCGAGAUACGGGAGGGUUUGUUUUGUUUUGUUUUGUUUUUUGCCGCGUGGCAUCCGACGGAGAGGAGGAGGAGCGAAGAGAGAUCUAUGGAGAAAGAGUUCGGGAUAGGGGAGAAGCAAUAGAAGGAACAGCAACGACGGCAGAGAAAAGAGGAGAGGGCAACCUGUCCUCCCUUCUCACAGUCUCUGCUCUUCUCGCCGCGGCUCCUCCCUUCUCGCCACGGGCGGGCAACCUGUCCUCCCUUCUCACAGUCUCUGCUCUUCUCGCCGCGGCUCCUCCCUUCUCGCCGCGGCUCCUCCCUUCUCGCCGCGGGCGGAGCCGCGGCGGGUCAACUUGUUUAUAUUAAUUUCAAUAGCACUGAGGGGCGGGAAUGGUAUGGACCCUGCAGUGCUUCCAGAUCCACCAUAUGCCAUCCUUGGAUGGAUCUUUCCCUGCAACCCCGCCUUCGUGGCAAUGCGGCUUGAUCAUAGCGGAAGUGUGCUUGCUACUUGUCAUUGACCUGUACACAGGGAAAACCGUUGAGCAAGCCAGGAAAUCGGCCUCAUCCAACAUCCUCUCUGGAGAACACCCCCUUUCCACCCCUCCCGCCCCCCUGGACGCCCCCAACACCGCAUGAAAGUACAACAAAAAGGGAGAGGAAAAAAGCGACUAUUUGCCUUUUCGAG